UCACGCUCCCAUUUGCCCAUUUUUCCCAACUGCAGCAGUAAGCAGUUGCCUUCGCUUCGAAUCUUCCGGAACGGUAACAUUUACAGGCACCGGAUCGAUCCACCACCACUCCUCCGCUGAUUCCCACCGUCCUCCGAUCCUCCGCCUAAUAAUUCAGAAGUAGGGUUCUUCUCAUAUAUGGAAAUCUCCAAUGGUUAUCUGAACAAAUCUCAUCAUAACGCCUCUUUUGCUGCUUCUUCUCAGCGUGACGUCACUUACAGAUGCGGGUCUUGCGGAUACGACUUGAACCUAAGCUCAUCCGCACGCAAUACGGCAACAAUCGGUUCGAAAUACGCAGAUGGAUCAGAUUCGGCCUCCGGGAGUGAAGUUUCUUCAUACAGAAAAUAUGAUGUUAGAAUCCGAGCUGUGCAACCGUCUUCAUCAAUGGAAGCUGGUCUUUCGCUUGUCAUGUGA